AAAGCCACGUAAACGUAAAGAAUCAUCAACGCUGUCUGUUGCUAGCCGCCCCUUAUAGAUAUAUAUACACACGGGCCGCCCCUGCUCACUGCACGUAGCUGCAUACUGCUUAUCACAGAUGUCCACAUGAUGCUACACUCUUUUGGGGCUUCAGUAAGAUUGCCAGAGCUGUAAGAUGUCGAUGGUGUUGUUUGCCUCUGUGGUUCGGGUCCGGGAUGGCCUGCCUCUCUCUGCAUCCACUGAUUAUGAGCAGGACAGAGAGCUUCAGGAAACCAAGAGGCACCUCAAGGGUCUCUCCAAGAAACUCAGCCAGUUCCCUGACCGCUGCACACUUAAGACUGGACCAUACAAUGUCAAUUUUACGAGCGCACUGGGUGUUGGAUACCUGAUGGUGUGCACUGCAAACUACCCCAAUGUGCUGGCCUUCUGCUUCCUGGACGAGCUACAGAAGGAGUUUAUUGUCACCUAUGACACGAAAAGAACCAGCAGCGCUGUGCGGCCGUACUCCUUUAUUGAAUUUGACACCUUCAUCCAGAAGACCAAACAGCGCUACAACAGCCCGCGUUCCCUCUCCACCAAGAUCAACCUGGCUGACAUGCAGACAGAGAUCAAGCUGCGACCGCCCUACCAGCUCUCUCCUGAGGAACUGCAGGCUGUUAAUGGAUUCUCAGUUCACACGCCCUCUAAAUACAAAGGCAUAGCUCCCACACAGAUGUUGGAGCCAGUGACUCUCCCAGGCAUCGUGUCCUGUGUGCUCAGUAUCCUCUGUGGAGGCCUAAACCUGCUGCGAGGGGUCCAUGCUAUAGAGAGUAUACUACAGAAUGACGAUGAAGACUUUAAUUACGUGAUUGCCUUCUUCCUUGGCACAGCAGCCUGUCUUUAUCAGUGCUACCUGUUUGCCUACUUCUCUGUCUGGAGGAACAGUAAGUCCUUCCUGGCGUUUGCACUCAUCUGUCUGUCCAACAUGUAUCUGUAUGAACUGAGGAACAUGUGGCAGAUCCUCUUCCAUGUGGCGGUGGGGGCCUUCAUGACCCUGCAGAUCAGACUGAGGCAGCCGCUGGGCAAAGCGCCAGACUACAAUGUCUGACAAAAACCUAAAACACAAAGAGCAAAAGGGCCUUCAGUCAGAUGGUCCCGCACGUGUCUUGGAAAUACAGCGGAGACGCCACUGGGGACAAAGUGGAAACAAAAAACAAUCCUCCCUGUUCAGGAAGAAAAACCAUAAAAUCUUGCAGCACCACAGUAGUACUCCAUCACAGCACCAGUGGACAGCUCUCAGUGUGGACUUGGAGGAAACUGCCUGAAUCAUUAAAGGAUUUUAUGGGGUUGACUUGGGAAGAUGUCUACUUCCGACCAUUGUCUGAUAAAGAUAUUUGCUUUUACUUCCUUUCAGUGCAGCCUUAGUUUAGGUCAGAGUCCUGCAUGUGUCCAAUUUUUGCAAAACUCUCCCUGAGGGGAAAUAGGUCUUGCAGCCGGGUAAAACAGAACACCCAGAGACGUAGGCACAUGGACUCAGGUACAGAAAACAUGAUAAAAUACAUCAAGUAAAAACAGGAAACCUAGAGUAUGCCAUCGCUAAAACCAUCAUCAUCAGCCCCCAGUAUUAUGGAAAACUAUCAUCACUUGCACUUUAGUAGUAAGGAACGCAUGGUAUGAAUAUGAAACCCUUGGGGACCAGAUUUCCAGGUGUAUUGAUGCACAUCAGAUACAUUGUAUGUGGCCCUUUUUUGAAUUUGACCAGACAUUUAAUGACCGCUUUCGAUACUCGAGCUACAGUACAGACACAUUUCUGGUUGUACCCAAAAUUGUUGAGGUACCCAGGCCUAUUAUUUCCUUAAAUUCAGCCAACAACCUAUGUAGGAUUAGGUUAGGCUUAACAAAUGUUUAGCACUAUACAGCUGAAAUUAAACACAGUAAUCUCUAUUUUAUGUACAUAGAAUUGUUAUGACUGAUAAAAUGACUUGGAAAGAUGAACAUAAAAAGACUGCAGGACUGGACAUUCAUUUCAUAUUCUUGUACAGUUUUUGGUUUUUCCCUCUCCCAUUUACGUCACCCACAUCCAGGUAAUCAUGCAUGUUUCUUGUGUCUGUUACAUGCACUUUUUGCACAUGUACUCCUGUGCACCUGACCGGUGCAGGACUCUGGUUUAGGUCUUUGUUUAAAACUAUGCAAUGCUGCCUUGUGUGUGUGUGUGUGGCCCUCAUUUCAGUUUUAGGGGUAUUCUGUAUAAGGAGCAAAUUAUUCUACCUUAUUUUGCAGAUAUUUGUCAUUUUGUAGACAGUUAAUUUUGCUAUUUAUUUACUGACUGAUUAUUCAGUCACAUGUGGUUAGUGACAAUUUAUAAAGAUUUUAUUAGUUUAAUUUAUUGUUUUAUAAUUGCUCCUUUUGUCUUCAUGCAGACUCCCAUCUAGUUAUCACAAAGUAACUACUGCUCCAGUAGACCCAGUCAGUCGGUUAACAUUCAUAUCCUACUCCACACCCACACAGCCUAAUGGCAUAUGUCGGUUUCAAGUGACUGUUGAUUAGCAGGUUAGUGUUGGUAGCAGUAAAGAUGAGUAGCUGAAGCCUGAGGGAGCCAGUAUCCUCUCCGUGUGCUUUUCCUUCCACGGAGCCCACCGGUUUCAACAUGGUCGCGUCUGCCACUCACAAACUCAACAAACUCCCCCUCUUACACUUUUGCCUGCGUAAUGGAUAUUAUCAUAGUUUUCAGGAGAGGCCACAUUCAUCGUUAUUAGGCAGUGUGAGAUUUGUUCAGGCAAUUUGAUAAGAUUUCCUGGCAUCCUGCACCAUUCCAACAAUAUAUAGCAAACAACUGGAGAAGGGUAGAGAAUUGAGUCAUGCCUUUGUUCAUUGUUCAUGAGACGCUCAACAGUUGUUCCAGGAUUGUCAUAAUGUUUUUCUCUCUCUCUCUCUCUCUCUCUCUCUCUCUCUCUCUCUCUCUCUCUCUCUCUCUCUCUCUCUCUCUCUCUCUCUCUCUCUCUCUCUCUCUCUCUCUCUCUCUCUCUCUCUCUCUCUCUCUCUCUGGAAGAAGUUAAAAGUAAAAAUGAAAAGCAGUGUGCAGCUCCCCUCCAUGUCCAUCUGGCAUCUGCACUACAGAUCUGCCGGGGGACUGCUGCAACACUUCAGCCUCCUAUGAUUCAUCAUCGUGCUCUCUGAAUGUUCUUUUGCUUUCCAACAGCGGUACCACACCUACAUGACCUAAUAGCUCUUUUCACAAUAUGGCUCAGACUCGAUUGGAUUUGAAUUAAGCUUUGCUGGCUCCGAUUUGUUUGUGUUCACAUUCUCCUUUUCCACAGCAGUCACAGUAAAUGUGUAGUGGGGUGUAUUGUGUAAAAUAGGAAGAGUGAAAUUUAGCUAUUUUAUACUGGUUUAUCCAAGUAUAGAAAAUGAAUGUAAUUCUUUUCAGGUGUUUAAACUUUGGAAUGAGCUGCUGAAAACUUGUAUGUAUUGUUGUACAAAGUUUUCACAUUUACAUUUUUUGACACUAGAGUGUAGUACACCUUUUGAAGUUCCCCAGUCGUGAUUAGAAUACACAAAUAUUGUAAACAAUUAUGUCUGUCAUAUUCAGCAAAUUAAGAUCUGGAAAAAAAAGUGGAUUUGAUGUGAAAUUUUAACACUGGAUUUAAAGCAUAUCGUGAGACCAGAAGUGCUUGAAUUUUGUCUGUUUUCUGUUGCACAUAAAGACUCAUUGAUUCAGCUUAAUGUUAUCCAGUCCUCUUAAGUCCACUUGAAACAUAUCUAUUCUUAUAUUAGGACUCAUUGUGUCUGAGCUCAACUAUGGAACAUAAAACAUUGGAAACAUUAAAGAAAUCUGGGACAUUA